GCUGGAUUGUAGAGCUACAUACCGCUAGUAGCACACGAUACUUGAAAUAGGACUACUGCCACACAGCCUGUUGAAAAUGCCCACACCCAAUGGCUAUGGCUAUGAUGUGUCGCCAAACCCUCCGAGGCGUGAACCUCCGGUACCGCAAGGUCUUCCCAGUUCACGGGCGGGUACAACAAGUAGUAAUAAACCUGCACCGCCUGCUAGCUAUAAGACUCCGCUUCCCUCAGAUAUUCCCAACACUAGUACAUCUACUACUGCAAGUAUUAAACCAGCAAACGCACAAGCAAGUACAACUAGCCCCGCCCGACCAAAGACUCCACCAGUGAACCGAGCGCCACCUGCGUCACCUCCGCCUUUCGCAAAGAAACAGCAAAACACCGCAACCAAUGCUACAAGCGCUCCUGCAAGUCUUAACAAUAGCAGGCCACGUAAUAGUAGUAGUAGCAGUAGUUCUAGGUCGAAGCAACAGGCACCCCCACUUCCACCCAGUCGGAAGGUGAAUGCACAAACCUCGAUUCCAGCAGGUGUAGCGUCAACUACCCAGACACAGCCAGCAGCUGUCGCCAGGCGGGUACCACAAUCCACUGACAGGCCAAUUCCAACGAAGCGACCGUCAGAAAUAAAAAGGGAAG